AGGGAGGUUGUGGAGGUGUUAUUACAGAACAAGGCAAAUAUGGAUGAGAAAGAUCAAGAAGGCAGCACACCUCUACAUCUUGCAGCCUACCAGGGACAUAGGGAGGUUGUGGAGGUGUUAUUACAGAACAAGGCAAAUGUGCAUGAGAAACGUAAUGAUGGCUGCACACCUCUACAUAAUGCAGCCUACCAGGGACAUCGGGAGAUUGUGGAGGUGUUAUUACAGAACAAGGCAAAUGUGGAUGAGAAACAUCAAGAAGGCAGCACAUCUCUACAUCUUGCAGCCUACCAGGGACAUAGGGAGGUUGUGGAGGUGUUAUUACAGAACAAGGCAAAUGUGAAUGAGAAACGUAAUGAUGGCCGCUCACCUCUACAUCAUGUGGCCUACCACGGACACAGGGAGGUUGUGGAGGUGUUAUUACAGAACAAGACAAAUGCAUAUGAGAAAGAUAAGGAAGGCCGCACACCUCUACAUGAUGCAGCCUGGCAGGGACACAGGGAGGCUGUGGAUGUGUUAUUACAGAACAAGGCAAAUGUGGAUGACAAACGUGAUGAUGGCCGCACACCUCUACAUCUUGCAGCCUCCCACGGACAUAGGGAUGUUGUGGAGUUGUUACUACAGAACAAGGCAAAUGUGGAUGAGAAACGUCAAGAUGGCAGCACAUCUCUACAUGAUGCAGGCUACCGGGGACAUAGGGAGGUUGUGGAGUUGUUAUUACAGAACAAGGCAAAUGUGAAUGAAAAACGUAAUGGUGGCCGCACACCUCUACAUCAUGCAGCCAACCAGGGACACAGGGAGGUUGUGGAGGUGUUAUUACAGAACAAGACAAAUGUAGAUAAGAAAGAUAAGGAAGGCCGCACACCUCUACAUGAUGCAGCCUGGCAGGGACACAGGGAGGUUGUGGAUGUGUUAUUACGGAACAAGGCAAAUGUGGAUGACAAACGUGAUGAUGGCCGCACAUCUCUACAUGAUGCAGCCUACCGGGGACAUAGGGAGGUUGUGGAGGUGUUAUUACAGAACAAGGCAAAUGUGAAUGAGAAACGUAAUGAUGGCACCACACCUCUACAUCGUGCAGCCUACCAGGGACAUAGGGAGGUUGUGGAGUUGUUAUUACAGAACAAGGCAAAUGUGGAUGAGAAACAUCAAGAAGGCAGCACACCUCUACAUCUUGCAGCCUCCCACGGACAUAGGGAGGUUGUGGAGUUGUUAUUACAGAACAAGGCAAAUGUGGAUGAGAAAGAUAAGGAAGGCCGCACACCUCUACAUCGUGCAGCCUGGCAAGGACAUCGGGUGGUUGUGGAUGUGUUAUUACGGAACAAGGCAAAUGUGGAUGACAAACGUGAUGAUGGCCGCACACCUUUACAUGAUGCAGCCAGGCAGGGACACAGGGAGGUUGUGGAGGUGUUAUUACAGAACAAGGCAAAUGUGGAUGGGAAAGAUAAGGAAGGCCGCACACCUCUACAUCUUGCAGCCUCCCACGGACAUAGGGAGGUUGUGGAGUUGUUAUUACAGAACAAGGCAAAUGUGGAUGAGAAAGAUAAGGAAGGCCGCACCCCUGUACAUCGUGCAGCCUGGCAAGGACAUCGGGUGGUUGUGGAUGUGUUAUUACGGAACAAGGCAAAUGUGGAUGACAAACGUGAUGAUGGCCGCACACCUUUACAUGAUGCAGCCAGGCAGGGACACAGGGAGGUUGUGGAGGUGUUAUUACAGAACAAGGCAAAUGUGGAUGGGAAAGAUAAGGAAGGCCACACACCUCUACAUCUUGCAGCCUCCCACGGACAUAGGGAGGUUGUGGAGUUGUUAUUACAGAACAAGGCAAAUGUGGAUGAGAAAGAUAAGGAAGGCCGCACACCUCUACAUCGUGCAGCCUGGCAAGGACAUCGGGUGGUUGUGGAGGUGUUUUUACAGAACAAGGCAAAUGUGGAUGAGAAACGUGAAGGUGGCAGCACACCUCUACAUCUUGCAGCCUACCAGGGACAUUGGAUCGUUGUGGAGUUGUUAUUACAGAACAAGGCAAAUGUGGAUGAGAAAGAUAAGGAAGGCCGCACACCUCUACAUCGUGCAGCCUGGCAAGGACAUCGGGUGGUUGUGGAUGUGUUAUUACGGAACAAGGCAAAUGUGGAUGACAAACGUGAUGAUGGCCGCACACCUUUACAUGAUGCAGCCAGGCAGGGACACAGGGAGGUUGUGGAGGUGUUAUUACAGAACAAGGCAAAUGUGGAUGGGAAAGAUAAGGAAGGCCGCACACCUCUACAUCUUGCAGCCUCCCACGGACAUAGGGAGGUUGUGGAGUUGUUAUUACAGAACAAGGCAAAUGUGGAUGAGAAAGAUAAGGAAGGCCGCACCCCUGUACAUCGUGCAGCCUGGCAAGGACAUCGGGUGGUUGUGGAUGUGUUAUUACGGAACAAGGCAAAUGUGGAUGACAAACGUGAUGAUGGCCGCACACCUUUACAUGAUGCAGCCAGGCAGGGACACAGGGAGGUUGUGGAGGUGUUAUUACAGAACAAGGCAAAUGUGGAUGGGAAAGAUAAGGAAGGCCACACACCUCUACAUCUUGCAGCCUCCCACGGACAUAGGGAGGUUGUGGAGUUGUUAUUACAGAACAAGGCAAAUGUGGAUGAGAAAGAUAAGGAAGGCCGCACACCUCUACAUCGUGCAGCCUGGCAAGGACAUCGGGUGGUUGUGGAGGUGUUUUUACAGAACAAGGCAAAUGUGGAUGAGAAACGUGAAGGUGGCAGCACACCUCUACAUCUUGCAGCCUACCAGGGACAUUGGAUCGUUGUGGAGUUGUUAUUACAGAACAAGGCAAAUGUGGAUGAGAAAGAUAAGGAAGGCCGCACACCUCUACAUCGUGCAGCCUCCCACGCACAUAGGGAGGUUGUGGAGUUGUUAUUACAGAACAAGGCAAAUGUGGAUGAGAAAGAUAAGGAAGGCCGCACACCUCUACAUCGUGCAGCCUGGCAAGGACAUCGGGUGGUUGUGGAGGUGUUAUUACAGAACAAGGCAAAUGUGGAUGAGAAACGUCAAGAUGGCAGCACACCUCUACAUCUUGCAGCCUACCAGGGACAUCGGGUGGUUGUGGAGGUGUUAUUACAGAACAAGGCCAAUUUGGAUGAGAAACGUCAAGAUGGCAGCACACCUCUACAUGAUGCAGCCUGGCAGGGACAUAGGAAGGUUGUGGAGUUGUUAUUACAGAACAAGGCAAAUGUUUAUGAGAAAGACGAUAAAGAAGAAACUGCUUUACAAAAAGCAGAGGCGCAACAUCACGAUGAUAUCGCAAGGAUUAUAACUGAGGCAACAACUUUACAUGACCUGACAACCAACCAUGGUACAAUUAUAGAUAAGGUGACAACCGAUGGCCAGUUUCUUAUGAAAUCAUCGUCAAUUCCACACGGAAGCUAUAACAAUGGCGGUUGGCUUACAUCCACACCACUAACAUCAACGUGCCCAGUGAACCAGACAUCAGUAGAACUGCCAGGGGUGUAUGUUCCGGGCCAACUAGGACAGGCAGUUUCCACAGACAGACAAAGUGUUAUGGAAGAGAGAUACAUCGCCUUGAAGUCAUCCCAACCAUAUCAUAUAGACGGAAAUCUUAACAACCUCCUUACAGAUCCUGCACGCUUGGAGAUACGUUCACCCAAUCAAAGAUCAGAAACCAUAUAUGGAAUCUCAAGUCAUGUUCCCACCUAUGUCCAUGCUCCAGUAGUUGGUGACACAUUGCCUAGUUCAGAUGCCACUAGUAAUUCUGAGAAUGUCAUCAUUCACUACACUGAGUCUGGGGAAAUGAUAGAGCUGCAGCAGCUCUAAAAGUGGUCUAGAAAGGAGUUAUCAUUGUUAUUAUGGUGUCCAGUGUUUCAGUAUACAUAAACAGUUUUACAACCUCCAUUCGGAGUCAGUCGUCCGAAUUUGGUUUGCAGAAAAUAACGAGUUAUUUGUAAUUUGUGUCGAUGUAGCAUUGAUGUUUCGGUAAGCAUAUCAAUUCCA